AGUGGUGUAUCAGUGCCAUCGGGCAAUGUUCAUGGUGGCGCUGACUAUUAAACUUACAGCCGGCGACUCCGGCUCAGAAUCCGGGAAAACACCGAGAAGGCAGGGCGAAACAGAGUCAUUCUCUUGGUGGCGUCAUGUUAUAUUGAUAUUGAGGUAGCUCUGGCUUUUUUGUCAGUAAAAGGAGUACCAUAUAUGUUGUUUUUCAUUCUGUGUCUAACAGAGAAAAUUCAGAGAAGCAUACAAGUCCCUAUUCUUGCCUCUAUUGCAAAAAGGUGUUUCCUAACCACCGGGCUCUAGGAGGCCAUCUUAAGACUCAUACUACUGAGUUUAAGUCAAGGUGGAGGAGGCAACCUCCUGGUCAUUCUGGCAUUUCCAUUGGUCUUCCUAGCACCAACGCUAAUCCCCUCUCCAACAACCAAUCCGGAAAUUCUUCUGGAGGUGCUGGGAACAAUAGUUCCUGCUCAAACAAAGUCAUUCCAAUGCAUGCAACAUUUGCACCAUCCGGUAGCACUGCAGCAACUGGUGUCCCUUUGGACCCUUCAUUAUGUUUGGGCAUGCCUGGAGUCCGUCAAUUUGGUACUGGUGAGGAUCGAACUCCCCGGGAUGGUAUGACAUUCCUCCAUGGAGAUGCCUUGCAGAACUUUGAGCACAACCUUAGUAAGCCUUCAUUUCCUGCCUCUAACGUUGCUAAUCCGCAUUCAGGUCUUGAUUUAAAUCAGUCACCUGGCUUCAAGGAUACUAGUGCUGUCGGUUCCUUCAUUAUGGACCCUUAUCCAUGUUUGGGCCAUGAUGAAGGUUGUCGUAACAAGAUGAAAAAUCUCUUUACUUGUGAAGAGGGUAAGAGGCAGUACUCAGUUGAUUCCCUUGGAAAUACUGACCUGGUGAAAUCAUCGAAAAGGCCUAAGAUCGUCUCCAACCUACCUGUGGAAACAGAGAAGUUUCAAAACAAAGAACCACUUCUCUUUAAGGAUGUGGAGAAGCCAUUUACAGCCCUGGGAAUUUCAAUUAAUGCUGAGCCGGAAGUUCCGGCAGAUUUAGAUCUGUCUCUGCAUCUGUAGCUUGUUACCUUUUAUCUUUAUAAUAAAACUGAAAGCACCAUGGAUAAUUAUGUUAACAGUGAAUACAUAUGAGUUGUGUAUGGGAAUGGAUUUCAUACUCUUAAGAAAUGUGCUAUUUGUUUCUUGUG